GCGGUGCUGAAGGUGUGACUGGCUGCGGAUGAGCCUCUACUCCGGCAGGUGGACACCAUGAACUACGUGGGGCAGCUGGCGGGCCAGGUGCUGGUGACGGUAAAGGAGCUGUAUAAGGGGAUCAAUCAGGCCACUCUGUCGGGAUGCAUCGACGUGAUCGUGGUCCGACAGCCCGAUGGGACGUUCCAGUGCUCCCCUUUCCACGUUCGCUUUGGGAAACUGGGAGUGUUGCGCUCCAGGGAGAAAGUAAUUGAUAUAGAAAUCAAUGGGGAACCUGUAGAGCUGCACAUGAAGCUUGGAGACAAUGGAGAGGCCUUUUUUGUCCAGGGGACAGAGCAGCACAACGAGGUUGUUCCAGCCCACCUGGUGACUUCACCCAUCCCCACAGAGGAGGCUCUGCUCAGGAGCAGAGAGCCCCGAUGUGGCUGCUCUGCGGCAGAGAGCAGUCAGCCUCCGAGUCCAGAAGACCCGUCCUCUGGAAACCUCCAACCGUGCUCCAACACAGGCGGCAAGAAGAAGAGGAGACGCAGGAAAAAGCACAAGGCCGAGCCUCGAAAGGAGGAGCAAACCACACCUGCAGGAGUGGAGCUGGAGCUGUGUGAGCUCAGUUCAGAUGAGGAGAACAAUGGGCACAAUGGACGGGCAUCAGCACUUUCCAUGAUAAAGGACAAUAUGGACCACAGGCAACUUUCCCCCCUGACGGCCCUCGAAUGGGACAGCUACCCGUUCUCAGACGGAGACUGGUCCCCUUGCACAGUCAGGGAGAUGUCGGGGCCCGAGUCGCCCAAGAGUGACUCUGAGCUGAUGGUGAAGCCGGCAGAGAGCAUGCUCAGGGCCGAGUCCCACAUGCAGUGGACCUGGGGAGAGUUUCCAGAAUCCACCAGGGUCAACAAAAAGGACAAAUCAGAGCCAAAGAUGUUGACAAUCACCCCCUCUGAGAACACACAUUUCAGGGUUAUUCUGAGCACAGAAGCCAUGGAGGAAAGGGAAGGAGAGAGUCCCACAGAUCUCAUCUGCGGUAUUAUAAAGCCAGAGCCACGGACCAUCACAAUUGAUCAGUGCAUCUGUAAACCGCAGCCUCCUGAAGCAUCGUCAAGCAAUACAGACAUUACCAAGCACAAGCCAGACCUUUCAGAUUUAGGGUCCAGCAGUUUUACCUCUGAGCCAUGCUCCACUAACUCUGACCUCAGCACAAAGACCAGGUGGAAGUCUUCGCCGCCCAGCCGCAGAAACAGCAGCUCUGCUGCCAGCGGAGUCAGUAGCGUGGCUGGAGACUCAGCAGCGGUUUGUCCUGAUGCCUCAUCCAAACCCAGCGACUCCCCCAACAAGAGGAGAGGUGUGAGGAAGAGGAGCCAACAUCAGGGGCCUGAAGAUAUUUACCUGGAUGACCUGAAUGCACUGGAACCUGAUGUUGUCGCCCGUUACUUCCCAAAAUGUGAGUCGGAUCAGGGUCCUAAACACUGGGUCGAGGUGGGGAGGGGCUCCGGUUCCCAGUCUCCCCAGUCUGUCGGAAGCGCAGCGGCAGACAGCGGCACCGAGUGUCUGUCGGACUCAGCUGGUGACCUCCCUGACGUCACGCUGUCGCUGUGUGGAGGUGUUGGCGAGAACUCGGAGAUCCCUAAAGAAACAUUCAUGGAGCACAUCAUCACCUACAACGAUUUUGCAGAGAAUCCAGCAAUAAUCGACAAUCCCAAUUUGGUGGUUAAAAUUGCAAACAGAUAUUACAACUGGACCCUGGCAGCGCCGUUGAUACUAUGUAUGCAGGCUUUUCAGAAGAACCUGCCAAAGGCUACAGAGGAGGCCUGGGUGAAGGAGAAGAUGCCCAAAAAGUCCGGACGCUGGUGGUUCUGGAGAAAGAGCAGCGUAAAGCAGCUAUCAUCAGAGACCAAGUUAGAGAGACAGGAGUCUCUGAGCAGAGAGAGCCCUGCCCUUCACCAGGCCCCAGAAACACAGCAGAAAGCAUCAGAGUGGUCCAGCGACGAUGAGACUAAAGAGCUGAGCGCUGUGGCACCUGCUCCGACACCUACUGAGCAUGUGCAGGCAGACGGCCCAGCACCGGCGCCAGCUUUUCACUCCUACAAGAAGUCCCUUCGCCUGCCGUCUGAUCAGAUAGCCAGCCUGAAUCUAAGAGACGGGCCUAAUGACGUCACCUUCAGCAUAACCACUCAGUACCAGGGAACGUGUCGCUGCGAGGGCACCAUCUACCUGUGGAACUGGGACGACAAAGUCAUAAUCUCUGACAUCGACGGCACCAUCACCAAAUCAGAUGUGUUCGGUCAGAUUCUCCCUCAGCUUGGAAAAGACUGGACUCAUCAAGGCAUCGCUAAGCUUUACCACUCUGUGCACGAGAACGGCUACAAGUUCCUGUACUGUUCGGCCCGAGCGAUCGGCAUGGCCGACAUGACCCGAGGAUAUCUGCACUGGGUGAACGACAGAGGGACUCUCCUGCCUCAGGGACCCCUCAUGCUCUCUCCCAGCAGCCUCUUCUCCGCCUUCCACAGAGAGAUCAUAGAAAAAAAGCCUGAGAAGUUCAAGAUCGAAUGCCUCACAGACAUCAAGAACCUGUUUCUCCCAAACACACAUCCCUUCUACGCCGCCUUUGGAAACAGAGAAAGCGACGUGUUUGCCUACAAGCAAGUGGGCGUGCCCGUGUGCCGGAUAUUCACCGUGAAUCCCAAAGGGGAGCUGAUCCUCGAGCAAGCCAAAGGCAACAAAACAUCAUACAGCCGGCUGAGUGAGCUGGUGGAGCACGUCUUUCCUCUGCGAAGUUCACAACACAGCGCCGCCUUCAGCUGCCCAGAGUUCAGCUCCUUCUGUUACUGGAGACAGCCGAUCGCUGAGAGCAGGGCUACCGUUUCGAUGAGCUCGGGUAAAGAAGCACGGCGCUGA